CCGGCGAAUUCGGGUUAAAAACACACGUAUUUUGCCGGUACGGCUCUAAGUAAAACCGGUUCAAAGGAAUCGAAUUGGAUCGGAUUAAAAUCACAGUAGAAGGGGUCGUUUUUUUUCCUUUUCUUUUCGCUGGAAGGGAUCGUUCUCUCUCAUACAGAGCCAAGGUUUCGAUCUUUCCAUCACUUGGAAUACCAGUAGGAUCAGGCUGAUAUAUCGAUCAAGUUUUAAAUUAGAAUCUAGAAAUGUCUGCGCUCUUCAAUUUUCAUUCGUUUUUGUCAGUGGUGUUACUAGUAAUCUGUACUUGUACCUACGUUAAGAUGCAAUUUCCCACUAUUCUCCAACAGAAAACUGGGUUUCGAGGUUUCUUCUGGAAGGCAGCCAGAAUAGGUGAACGUUUGAGUCCCUGGGUGGCAGUGGGGUGCUUUGCAAUGGGUGUGUCAAUUAUAAUCUUUUAGGCGUUGAGGAUUCCAUAUGUAUACUUGAAGAAGCGUCUUUCUGUGCUUGGGUGACUAAGUUUCAGUGACUAGUGCAAUUAAACUGAUGUUAUCCAGUGUUUUGUAAAUUAGGAGAUAUUGAGAAACACUGUUUAUUUACUAGGGCCAAAAUGAGGAACCUUCCAGUGUUCUGUUGCAGCUUCUUGAAGGUGAACGAUAAUGAGAUCUCCACCUCUGUAUCUGGUACACUUGUUAUGUGUUUUUUUAUACUAACCUAGGGCGGGAUAGGUCCAGGCUCAUCAUAUAUGUAGGAGUGAUUCAUUGGUUUAUACAGAUUUGUGGAGAAAACUUGUGUUGAUCUGUUCCAGGCUUGCAGUCCGGAAUUUUGAACUUACAUGUUUGAAUGGAAUCUGUGGGACUGAAGAAGCCUAAUUCGGUAUAAAUUGUUUCUGUACAGGAUUUGUUGGUACAGAUUCCCAUGUUUUAUUUGAUUACGAGAAACAGAAACAUCAUUCAGGUUUACCUUUCUUUUAGGAAAUUCAGUAUUUGCUGACAAAUUUGAUAUUAAUUGUAAA